GAGGGAGCACAGGUCACGGCUCCGCUGGCCUUCUUCAUCGCAGUCUCGGCGUCUUGGUGGGCAGCCCGGCGCGGCCUGGCAGUGGUUCAGAUACAUAGACUGCCCCCGGUGGAGAUUACCGGCCGGCGGGAGCAUUGGCUUCGAGUUGCCCCCGAGGCCCUGCGCUCGGCGGCCAUGGCGCCCUUGGCAAUCUCUUUGGGUAUGCGACCCGGGCAGCUCCCAGCCGCGGACCAGGUACCAGCGAAGGCCUUAGCCGAGGAUCGAGUGGUUACAAAAGGUUUGCUGCCGGCUGGUUGCGUCUACGUGGGUCAGGGCAACUAUCAGCACAGACUACCCACCUCAAAGUGGCGUAAUCCCUGGGUGGCUGGUCUCACCUGUGAUCCAGGGCAAGCCUUGGCGCGCUACGCCGACUUCGUGGCCGCCGAGUUAUGGCACGAUCUUGAGGAGCUGGUGGGCCUGACCCUCCUCUCCGACACCCCCAUGGAGGUUCUGUGUGAGGCAGACGUGUUGGCGGGGCUCCUCUUCUUUCGCUUGGGCGAGGGCGAGCCUCUCCCUCACCCCAAAGCGGCUGGUCUUUGGUUACCGAGCACGGCGAAGAUCCGAGAAGCGUGGGCAGCAGGUCGAGUGAUCGGGCAGGCGGUACCUGUCCCCUUCCAGCAAGAAGCGGUUAUUCUACGGUUCCGGAAGCUGUUCCCCGCCGACUGGUUCCGGGGAUUUCGCUUCCCCAUGGUCGAGGACCUACUCAACCAGGCCCCCUUCGACACUUUCUGCAGAUGGCUCGCGGCACGGGGCGACGAGUGGGAGGGACCCCUCGUUCCGGUGCCGCCGAACGACAGCAACGCUUUCGACAGCGCACGGCCGAUGGGUUGCAGAUUGGGGCCUCGACGCACCGGGCUGCCUUGCCCCCUCUGUUACCAUUCGGCCUCUCGGUGGAUGAGCACUUCGAGCAGUCUCUUCACUUGGGCACCCGACCGCUUCCUACAGAACUACAUCCCGUGCUCGACGCCGACCUUUUGUUUGCGGCGGAGGUGA